AUGGAGCAAAACAUUCCUCAUCAGUUGGUAAUUCGGAACAAAAAUGGAGUGUAUCUUUCCAAUAUGUUGGCAAAGUCAGAUGAGGAAAUGCAAUUGAUUAAUUAGGAUGGAAAUGCCUAAUUGAUCGUUUUGGAAAAUCAAAUAGUCAUGUUCAAUAAGUAAUCUAUCAAGCUCCAUGAUUAUAAAUAACAAAUUAAGGAACAAGAGUUUACCAACCUGUAGAAUAUCCAUCUUACAGAAUCUAAAUAAAAUCUCAUUAUUAUGGAUAAAUUGGAUUAACAACAAUACUAAUUGCAAAUAUUAAAGUUUCCUUCAUUAGAAUCAAAGGGUAUCAAUUUCAAUCUUAAAAAUUUCAAAAGAGAAGCUUGGCCAAUCUUAAAAUUUUCAUUUGAAGAUUAAUACUUUUUUAUUAUUCAAAAUUAAAAGUUACAUUGUUAUGCUGAUAAUUAAUGUGUCUAUUAAACUGAUGUUGGAAAUUGUGAAUAUUUUAGUGUUUAACCUAAUACUCAAAAACCGUUGGUUGUUUGCUAUAGUUUAAUGGAUUUCAAUAUUAAGGAAUCCUUUUUAAAGAUAGUUGACAUGAAUGGCAAAAUCAAAUAUGAAAAGAAAUUGCAUUAAACUAGUGAUUUGGAAGUGAUUUGGUCACCAAAUGGAUAAUCUUUAUUAAUAAAUAAAGGGUUCCAUGAAGACAAUACAAAUAAAAGUUAUUUUGGAUAAAAUUAAGUUUUGUUCUAUGAUUUCCCUAAAAAUGCUCUAAGAGAAUUGCCAACAUAUGAAGGACCCAUUCAUCAUGUUUAAUGGUCACCAUCUUCUAAAGAAUUCAUCUUAUUAUCUGGUUUCAUGCCAUCCGGAGCUGUUAUGUAUGACAAUACUUGUAAACCACUUUUCGAAUUCGGAAAAGAUCAUAAGAAUAAAAUUAUUUGGGGAAAUGGUAGAUUUGUUAUGAUUUGUGGAUUCGGUAAUCUGGAUGGCUCCAUCCAUAUUUGGGAUGCUAAAACUCUUAAAUAAGUUAGUACAAACAAAUACAAAUCAGCGAGUUUAUGUCACUGGUCACCAUGUAGUCGAUACUAUGUUUGUGCAAAAGUAACACCCAGAAUGAAUGUAGACAAUUAAUAUUCACUCUUUGAUUAUCAUGGUAAAGAAAUAAUCAAUAGAAAAUUCUUGGAAUUAUAUGAUGUGUAAUUUAGACCUUCAAAUAUUAAAUUUGAGGAAAGACCUCCUACUCCUCCUAAACAAAUUCAGUAAGAACCACCAAAAAAAUAAUUCAUUGCCUUUGCUGAUAAUCCACUUGCAUAAUAAAUGAGAGCUAUGAAGGCAGGAGAAGGCGCAAGAGUAUUACAAGUUGAUGAAACCUUUGGAAAACAAUCUAACAAUAACUUCCCUCCUGGCUAUGAACCUCCAAAAGAAAAGAAGAAAAGAGUAAGAAAGCCAAAAUAAUAGUAAUAAUAAUAAUGA